AUGAUGGAGAAGCAUGAUUCAUCUCAGACUUUGAGAGCUUUUACGGAUAGAUUCGCAGGAAUAGACGAAAAUACAAGCUUUAAUAUGCAUGUCAGAAGCAGUAAUAUAGUGAAUAAAGAAAAUUUAAACCCACGAGAGGAAUAUGUUGGAAAUUCGAAGGUACAAGCUGGAAAUUCUCAGCAACAUCGAGCUGUGUUGAAUGAUGUAACAGCACAAAUAGCGAACAAAGCUAAUGCCGUUGUCACAGAUCGUAUUCAAAGUAAAUCAUCGAACACAUCGCCAUCCUCUCCUUCAUCAGUUGCAACAAACAAGAACUCAUCUGAGAUAUCGGGUGAGCCUUCGAUUGGAGAAACCACCGAACCAGUAUCUCAGCACGAAUCCCUUGAACAAAACAAUGAGUCUGCUGGUGAAUACAACCAUUAUGCAGAAUUAGAAGAAGAUGAUACGAAUGCGGAACUUUUUGAACCCAUUGUUCCUAUCUAUAAUGACGCCAUCGAGGCGCAACUGCUAGAAGCCAAGAGACUUUACUUCCGGUCAACACCAGAUUCACAAGAUGAAGACACAUAUGACGUAGUUAUGGUGAGCGAAUUAGUUAACGACAUUUUCCCAUAUCUACGGCAACUAGAAGAGAAAUAUAGACCAGAUGCUAACUAUAUGCACCGUCAAAAACAUUUAAAAUGGUCUUACAGAAGAGUGCUAAUAGAUUGGAUUGUGGAGGUACACAGCAAAUUCCAAUUGCUACCAGAAACGUUAUAUUUGACUGUUAACAUAAUUGAUAGAUUUCUUUCAAAACAAUCUGUAUUACUAGAUAAAUUCCAAUUGGUUGGUGCGGCAGCCCUCUUUAUAGCAUCCAAAUAUGAAGAGAUUAACUGUCCAUCAUUGAAAGAUAUUGUUUACAUGGUGCAUAACACGUAUACAAGAGAACAAAUUAUUGAAGCAGAACGUUUUCUGAUAGAUACAUUAGAUUUUGAGAUUGGAUGGCCUGGUCCAAUGUCAUUUUUAAGACGAAUAAGUAAAGCAGAUGACUAUGAAUAUGACAUAAGGACGCUGGCGAAGUAUUUACUAGAGUCAACGCUAAUGGAUUCAAGAUUAGUGUCUGCAUCGCCGAGUUGGCUAGCAGCGGCAUCGUACCUGGUAAGUAUAGUGAUUCUACAAGGCCACAGUGCAUGGUCUAUGAAGCAUGUUUAUUAUUCAGGUUAUACACAAGAACAAUUGCUACCGUUGGGUACAAUAAUAUUAGAAAACUGUAGACAAGGACAGGUCUGUCACAAGAUGAUUUAUGAAAAAUAUUCACAUCAUCGUCAACAUUACUCUGCUUUAUUGGUAGAUAAAUGGAUCGAAUCUGCAGAACGCCAAGUUGAAAAACGAGAGAGUAAAUGA